ACAAUUUACCAAAAAAAGUUGUUGUAGCUGUUCUCUCGUACCUAUGAUGUUGAAACGUUUACAGGUUGUAGCUUUUCUUAUAGUUGUUGGUAAAAACGCUGCAUUUUUCGGAAACCACAAUAAAUUUGGUGAUAAAUUUAAAGAUAUUGGAAAAGCAAUAGGUGAUGGAAUUAAUAAUGUUAUCGAUGAUGCGAAAGAUAAAAUUGAGGUGGCGAUCGAAGAGGUGGCAGAGAAAGCAUCCAAGCGUUUCAUUAAAAUUCCCAACUUUGCAAAGAAAGUUCGGGAAGAUUUUAAUAAGGGAUAUGAAAAUUUCAAGGCAAGGCAAGACCGUUGGAGGAAAGACAGUUGGAUAGUCAAUACUGAAGCUUACAAUGAAUACAAGUUAAAUAGGUUCAAGUUGUUCUUGCACAACUACGAGAUUUUUAAAGAGACCGAAGCUGAAGUCGAAACACGAAGUUUUCGCCGAGACGAAACGGUCAAGUUUAUGUACAUGAGUGACAGCGAAAAGAGAUCCUAUGUAGGGUUGGGUAAUCUAACAGAACUUGAGGAGGAAUUGGAGAGGGAGCUGCCGCUAGAUAGCGAAGGUGAGGACAACAUAACUCAAAAAACUGAUAAAAUAAAUUGUAAGAAGAUUAAAAACCGGAUAGAACGAAAAAAAUGUAUAAAAUCCGAAAAGAGAAAGAAGAAAAAGAAGAGAAAGAAGGAAAAGAAAAGAGGAAAAGGGGGUGGAGCUGUGCUGAGGUUGGAAAAGAGACUGCAAUCAGGUUUGGCAGAAUCAUUGGACCUCAGGGAUUCAGGGAUAAUAACCCCUGUGAAAGACCAGGGAGAGUGUCAAUCUUGUUGGGCUUUUGGUGCGGUUGGUGUGCUGGAGGGUGCGUUUGCUAAGGCAACAGGUAUUCUCCAGGACUUCUCGGAGCAGCAAGUUAUUAACUGUAACCCCAAGUUUGGUUGUAAGGGUGGAUACUGGACCCGUGUGUGGAAGGAAAUCAAGGAAGAGGGCUACAUAGCUUUGGAGAAAGACCAACCUUACCUUGCACACAAGGACCCCACUUGUAGUCGAACUACACCUAACGGCCUCGCGGGUAGUUUGGCAAUUGAUAAAUUCCAAGUCCUGAGAAAAAAGAACCGGGAAGAGACGAUGUUAGGGUUCUUAGCUAGAGAUGGACCUGUUACAGUUGCCAUCAUGGCUAACGACACCCUUUAUUUCUAUGGGUCAGGGGUGAUUGACUACUGUAUGGGUGGUAAGGGCGGGCUAACACAUCUGGUGCUCCUGGUGGGAUACGAUCACCAAAUUCUUAUAAUGAAAAAUUCGUGGGGGACGGACUGGGGUGAGAAGGGUUUCUUCCGCGUUGCUAGAGGGUGUGGUUCUAUCAAUAAGGGCUACUCUUUCUGGGCUUCCAGCCUGUCAGUAGUGUUACACACCACCUAUACGACACUCGAAUACGGUGAGGACUUUUUUGAGUUUACAGAGACUACACCACAGAAAAUAUCUAAAGACAUGACCGGUGUAGGAGUCCAAGAAGGCGACCAGAUUACUUUGAAGUUUCUUAAGAAUGUAAAUCCGGUGGACAACGCGUUUACAGUCGACUUGCUGUUUGCAGAUGAGAAGGAAGUCAGCAAAGUUUACAGACUUCAGUAUAAGUAUUUUGAAUCGGGAGAUAAGAUAAUGACCAUGUGCAGGCAAUUCGCGUCUCACGCAGGCGAAAAACCCUUAACAACAAAACAGAAAGUUUGCUCUGUUGCUCCUGGAUCUAAAAUCCAGAUAUCGGUAAGUGAUGAGGGAUACUCUGUUCAAUUUGACGGCACUGCCCUUCAGCUUUACCCUCACCAGUUACCAGUAAAUCUGGUUAACAAGAUUCAAGUCAAGAGCUCACAGAAAGUGUUCGAAUACUUCAAACUGACACGACGAAUUGAAGAACCAAAUACUGGGAUUGAGCCUUGAUCAGCACAGUCCUGUUUUAUAGUGGAUGACCCACUAGUUGGUGAUUCGAAGCGAACCUAAAAUACUAGAACCUUAGACAAUUGUUCAACCAAUUAG